ACUCAAACCAGUUCCACAAAAAUCAGAUCUUUCAGGAUACUCAAACCAGUCACACAAAAACUUCUAUCUUAAUUUUGUUUUUCUUUCACAGCUCUGCACAGAGCGGGCAAGCACAUGGAAAACAGCAUUGUAGCCUCAUAUGUAGCACUCUUACUGGGCUGUGUGAUACAGGAUAACACGAUGUUUGUGGACAACAUUAAACAAUACCUCCCCAAAGGCAACUUUGAUGACAUGAUUACUAUUCUGAAGAAAUUCUUGGGAUUUAUGAAUUUAACCACUGCCAUUGGUAGUACUGGAGGGAAAUCCAUAGCACAUGUGAUCGAAGUACUGGAAGGUUGCUAGCAACACCAGACAUCCUUUCCGUGUCCAACGGAAUCAACCACAA